AAUAUGUGAAGCUCAAAGAUGCUAAAAGAAGACAGCAGGAAGCUGCAGCUGCUUGUAUUCAUGCUAACCGCAAACUCAAGGAAAAGAUGAAAGAAGUUCACAACUUGAACAAAAAAGUGAAGGGGGAGGAGGAGGUGUAUAACAAGCUCCAGGCUGAAUUGGCAGAGAAGAAUAAGAUUUCCAAGGAUGCGCGUGAGUUAGAGACGAUCAAUGCUGUGACCCUUGGUUGGAAUUCGAUCGUCUCUAACUCACGCGCAUCCUUGGAAAUCUUAUUCUUCUCUGCCAGUUCAGCCUGGAGUUUGUUAUACACCUCCUCCUCCCCCUUCACUUGUUUGUUCAAGUUGUGAACUUCUUUCAUCUUUUCCUUGAGUUUGCGGUUAGCAUGAAUACAAGCAGCUGCAGCUUCCUGCUAUCUUCUUUUAGCAUCUUUGAGCUUCACAUAUUGCUAAUGAAGUUGGAAAAUAAUC